GAAGUAGGGUACUCAUAGUGAAGUUUGAAAGUUGCAUGAAGCUCACUAUUUUAAUUGUAUUGUCUUCAAUGGUCAUUCACUCUUUCCAAGAAAAAGAACCCUCCUUAUAUAAAUCCCCCUCUUUAUCUUCUUCACCUUUAUUACACCAACCAAAACCAAGCCCUAUCUCAGUGUUAUUCUCUUCUCUUCUUAUGGAAGUGGUGGUGGAUUUCGAGGACUACUUUCCAUCGAUGGUGGAGAGUAUGGGUGCAGAAGGGUUCAUAAUGGAGUUGUGCAAUGGGUUCAGGCUGCUGAUGGACGUUGAAAGGGGGUUGAUCACGUUCGAGAGCUUGAAGAGGAACAGUGUGGUGUUGGGGUUGAACGACUUGAGAGAUGAUGAGAUCGUGGGUAUGUUGAGUGAAGGGGAUUUGGAUGGCGAUGGGGCUUUGAACCAGGUUGAGUUCUGUAUUCUCAUGUUUAGGUUAAGCCCAGGGUUAAUGUACAACAAUGCCUCUAAGCACUGGGUUGAUGAAUAUAUAUGAUGCUACUUCAAAGCAAUAUAUAUUGUAAAAUUGUUACUUAUGUUUUCUUUUCCUUUCUUCAUCUAAAUUUGUUGUUUUUGAUUAAUUGUUGAAGGGUAAAAAUGCAAUUGAUCAAUGGAAUUAAAGUAUGACUUGGAAGAAAUAAGAAAUAAGUUAAACAUCUUUAAUUC